AUGAAAUCUGGUGCUCGACUCGCGAGCUUGACGACGCAGAAGCUGGCGGCAAGGCGCUCGACUCGCGACUUGGAAGCGGACGAGGACGCCGGCGUCGAAAGAGGAUGUGGACGCUGGCGGCGAACGCGAAUGUUGGCGAUGGACGCGACAUUGACCCAAAACGUGACACUAGCGGUGACGAGCGGAGCUAAUGACGACGUGGAAGGCGGAACUGGCGAAGACGCGGCAUUGGUGAUGAGCAGAGCUAGCGACGAUGCUGAACUGGCGACGAAGCGCCAAGUGAUAUUGCAACAUAAUUUGGCUAGUAUGCUUCAUGCUGCAAAAGUUGCACCAAAGCUUCGUUUGCUUCUACCUUCUCGAAGUUUCUUGUACAUAGUAUACAAGUCCCCUUGUACACAGGUCCGUGCCACAGUCACAGAUUUGAAGAACGCAGUCCGUGUGUUCAGUCAGCUUUCUGCAGCUUCUAGCUACCAUUCUCAUGGAUUCGAUGAGAAGAAGAUACGGACUCAUGUAGAGUAUUGUAAGCAUUUGCUUGAUGCUGCUAAGGUACACUGUGAGGCGGCUGAACGUGAAGAGCAACAGAACCGCCUGAAGUUGGAAGCUGUUCGUCAGGAUUCCUUGGCAGAGGAAGCUCGACGAAAAGCUGACGAACAGAGGAAGUAUCAGUUGGAACGGAGAAAACAAGAGGAUGAGCUAAAACGAGUAAUACAACAGGAGGAAAAUUUUGAGCGUAUAAAGGAGCAAUGGAAAAAUUACAGCACCUCUGGUGGUAAGCGCAAAGAUAGGUCACACUUUGAAGAUGACGAUGGUGGAAAUGGAGAAAGGAAGAGAAGGAAAGGUGGGAAAAGGAGAAAGAAGGAUAAGAGGAAGGAUCAUUAUGAACAAGAAGCAGAUAUAGAGGAUGAGCAAGAAGAAAUGGACGAAGCAGAGGCAAAGCAGAUGAAUAGUCAAGUUGAAGAGGCAGAUAGAGCAAAUGCCCAUCUUGGUCUCGAAGAUUCUGACGCUGAAGAUGAUAUGGGAUAUUCCGCGAUAAUUAGAAAGCGAAAGGCGUGGUCAGAAUCAGAUGAAGAGGAUGAACCAGCAGAGCGAAUUCGCAAUCCCACCCCUAAUGGUUACAGGAACUCUGCUGGAAGUGAUGAGGAAACUAGAGGCAAUGGCAGAAGCACUCAGAACGAGGAAGAUGAUGAUUAUUAGGAAGCUUCAGUCAGAGAUGUAUACAGAUCUUAUCAUGGUGAGAUCUGAAAGCCCUCAAUAGUUUGAUUUUGUUAGAACAGAAGAGAUCAUAGGGACAUCCAAAAGAAAAUAAAAAGGGUAAAAUUUUGGAGCUGAUGAUAGAAUUUUACUUAUUUUGAAUCUUUUCGGUCUUUUUGGAGGCCUCUAAAGCUUUCACGGCCUUAUUCACUUUGUAACUUAAAAGCUGCAUGAAUUAUGUAUAUAUGUUUUCCCAAAUCCAUCAGCUCCAAUGGGGAUCUAGCAUGAAUCUCUCUACCUGUAACAUUUAACUCAGUUAAUGGAGUAAUUUUUUUUCUCAUGCAAA